UGAGUUAGUGCUGUUUCAUCGGCAGCUGUUUCGGGGGAUGUUGAUCGUGAAUCUGGCAACCCGGUGAGCCGGACGCUGGUGGGGAUGAGCAGCAGCGGCUAACGGCUGACCUGGAGUUUGUGUCCGGUCGGUCUCGGUUCUGAUGUGGCCCUCGGCCCCGCUCAUCUGGUCCUGAAGCUGCACCUGGAGGACGGUCAGAGCUGAGCCGAGUGGGCCGGCCUCCGCUCUGCAACAUGUCGAAGAGUAAGAGCUCCGAGACGGUGAAGGUGGUGGUCCGCUGCCGCCCCAUGAAUGAAAAAGAGCGGGCGGCUAAGUUUGAGAGGAUGGUCUCUGUGGAUGUCAAACUGGGCCAGAUUCUGGUGAGAAACCCCCGAGAGGCAUCGGCCAGCGAGCUCCCCAAAGUGUUCACCUUUGACUCUGUGUACGACUGGAACUCCAAGCAGAUCGAGCUGUAUGACGAGACCUUCAGGCCGCUGGUGGAGUCGGUCCUGCUCGGGUUCAAUGGGACCAUCUUUGCGUACGGGCAGACGGGUACAGGGAAGACUUACACCAUGGAGGGGGUGAGGAACGACCCCGAGAGGAGGGGGGUCAUCCCUAACUCCUUUGAACACAUCUUCACUCACAUCUCACGCUCUCAGAAUCAGCAGUACCUGGUCAGAGCGUCGUACCUGGAGAUCUAUCAGGAGGAGAUCAAAGACCUCCUCUCUAAGGACCAAUCACGUCGUCUGGAGCUCAGGGAGCGGCCUGACACCGGCGUCUACGUCAAAGACCUCUCAUCGUUUGUCACAAAGAGCGUGAGGGAGAUCGAACACGUCAUGAACGUGGGCAACCAGAACCGAUCAGUGGGCUCCACCAACAUGAAUGAGCACAGCUCCCGCUCACACGCCAUCUUCGUCAUAACGGUGGAGUGCAGCGAGCUGGGCGUGGACGGCGAGAACCACAUCAGGGUGGGCAAACUGAACCUGGUGGAUUUAGCGGGGAGUGAGCGGCAGACGAAGACAGGAGCGGCGGGAGAGAGGCUGAAAGAAGCCACAAAGAUCAACCUGUCUCUGUCCGCUUUAGGAAACGUCAUCUCAGCGCUGGUGGACGGACGCAGCAGCCACAUCCCCUACAGAGACUCCAAACUCACACGUCUGCUGCAGGACUCUCUGGGGGGAAAUGCCCGCACCGUCAUGGUGGCCAACAUCGGCCCCGCCUCUUACAAUGUGGAGGAAACCUUAACGACGCUGCGGUACUCCAACAGAGCCAAGAACAUCAAGAAUAAACCUCGAAUCAAUGAGGACCCGAAGGACGCUCUGCUCAGGGAGUUCCAGGAGGAGAUCGCCCGGCUGAAGGAUCAGCUGCAGAAACGAUCUGGGAAGAAGAAGAGGAGGAGGAGGAGGAGGGGGGGUGCCGGGGAGGGCAGCGAUGGAGAGGAUCUGGAAGACGGAGAGACAGAGGACGAUGAAGAAGACGGGGAGGAUAAAGGAGACUACUGGAGGGAGCAGCAGGAGAAGCUGGAGAGAGAGAGGAGGGCCAUCAUGGAGGACCACAGUCUGGUGGCCGAGGAGAAGGUUCGACUUCUGAAAGAGAAAGAGAAGAAGAUGGAAGAUGUGCAGAAAGAGAAGGAGGCCGGAGAGAUGCUCACUGCCAAAGUGAAGGCGAUGGAGAGUAAGCUGCUGGUCGGAGGGAAGAACAUCGUGGAUCACACAAACGAGCAGCAGAGGAUGCUGGAGCAGAAGAGGCAUGAGAUCGCUGAACAGAAACGUCGAGAGCGUGAGAUGCAGCAGCAGGUGGAGAGUCGUGAUGAGGAGACUCUGGAGCUGAAGGAGACGUACAGCUCUCUGCAGCAGGAGGUCGACAUCAAAACCAAGAAGCUGAAAAAGCUGUUUGCUAAGCUUCAGGCAGUGAAGUCAGAGAUCCAGGACAUCCAGGAGCUUCACAUCCACGACCGUCAGGAGCUGGAACAGACGCAGAACGAGCUGACCAGAGACCUAAAACUCAAACAUCUGAUCAUCGAGAACUUCAUCCCUCUGGAGGAGAAGAAUAAAAUCGUGAACAGAGCGUUCCUUGAUGAUGACGAUGAGUACUGGAAGACGAAGCCCAUCACUCGUAUGGAGGAUGACCAGCAGAUGAUGGGCCGGCCUCUGUCUGCGGUGGGAUUGAGGAGGCCUCUCAGUCAACACGCUCGUGUGGCCAUGAUGAUGAGACCUGACAUGAGAUACAAAGCUGAGAACAUCAUCAUGCUGGACAUGGACCUGCCGGCUCGGACCACUAAAGAGUACCAAGAGCCCGUGAUCGCUCCGAAGGUGGCGGCAGCUCUGGAGGACGCUCUCAGGGAUGAGGACGAGAUCCAGGUGGACGCCUCCGGCUUUCACAGCAGCCUGGGACCAACGCCUCCCGCCAGCGCCACCGGGAGCCUCAAAAAACCAAAGUCUGGUCGACCGCGGACAGGAAAGAAGUCGGGCACCCCCACCUCUCCCUUCAGCCCCUCCAGUCCAAGAUCCCCGAUGUACCCACAAUCCCGCGGCCUGGUGCCCAAGUGACCUCUGACCUCUCCUGUGCACCUGCCACUUUGGGACUCACCUGCGAGAGAACAGCUGGUGCUGUGUCUGAGCUGGACAGAGACUCAUUCAGACUGCUGCUGCUCUGUGUGUGUGUGUGUGUGUGUGUGUGUGUGUGUGUGUGUGUGUGUGUGUGCACACUGUUCUCUCUGCAUGAAGCGUCACACAGACUCUGAUGUCUUAUAUAUAUCCAUACGUUUGUCACAAUGUUCUUAAUGUAAAGAGAAAAACAAAAGGUGGGCUGUGACACCCCCCCAUGAUGAACUGGAGGACCAUAAUGCACUACUUCUUCCUGUCUUCACAGGUCCAUGUGUGUACUGGGUGUUGUAGUCCUUUAUCUUACUGUAAGUCUGUGUUGUACAGACGCAUAGACACUGCAGCUCUGUGUCACUGACAGGCUGUGUGUGCAUGUGCGUGUGUCACACACUGCGCUGCAUCAGAGCUCUGGUGAAUCUUUUUGGGGUUUUUUUUGUCUUAAAAGAAUAUUUCAACAUUUAAAGAAAGAAGCUGAUUAGUUUUGUUGCAGCGUUUAUGGAGGAGGAAGUCUGCUCUCAGUUCUUCUCUGCUUUGUUACUAUGACGCUAACGUUGAUUAGCCAAUCAGAGCAGUCGCUGCAGGUUGUCUGACAACCUCGGGAUAACAAGACGCCACUGUAACCGUCAAAUACUUCAAGCAUGAAACUUUCCUCCUAUAUGUAAAAGAGUCUGAUGGAAAAAACAGGCUAACUGCUAGCCAGUCUUAAUGCUAAGCUAAGCUAAUCACCUGCUUGCUCUGGCUUUAUGUUGAGGGGCGUGUCCCAAGAUGUAAAGGUGUUCCUUUGACUUAGCCUGAUAGGCGACCUCAGACGGAGAGUGAAGCUCUCUGCAGACUCCGGCACGUGUAAAUGCUGUUCUUCCUGGAGCAGACGAGGUGGAGGAGAGCUCAACACGCCCAGAUAUCAGUGCUAACAGCACCCUGGCUCACUUCAAGGUUCCCGUCCUGAGCGUGCCUCAGAUUCAUCAGGGUUCCACGGUGCCUUAACCUUCGCUCUGCUGCUUUGUUACAGUGUGCACACGUUCAACUUAUCUCAUCAUCUGAGCCAUUGUUAGCUGCUAACAUGACUGUUAGCUAACCGUCAUGUUAGCAUGCUAACCGUCAUGUCAGGAGCUGUGCUCUACACAGAGCUGCAGAAUCUGACACCAGGUUAUCGUUCAGUCAGCAGGAGACAUUUAAAUCUGAGCUCGUGUCCCGAGUAACUUAUUACAUUCUUUGAUUUUUACAAACAGAUGUAGAUAAACAUUUUUAUUCUUUCCUUUCAUAGAUUAUCUUUUUAUUUUUGGAGCUUUGUAAUUUAACGCUGAGAUUUUAUUGUUUGCGUGUCUUCUUGUGUAUGAGAGUUUAAGGUGUUAGAGGACGCUCAGCUGACGUCACAGUCAAGUAUUUACACGUUCACUGUUUCAUUAAAGCUGGAAACAGCUCAGCACCAUGUGUGUUCAUCGCUCAUAUGAAUGUCUUCUUCAGUGUGGCAGUGACAUCACAGGGUCAGAGACUCGUUUGUAAAGCAGCUUCUGUCUUUCUGUCUUUAGUUUCUUUGGAUUAUUAAAGACUAUUAAGUCACAU